AUGAGUUUAGUCUUGCAAAAUAUAAAACAUAAGAUAGAACUUAAUUCAACAGAAAAAAAGAAAUGGCUUUUCACAAGUGUCAACCUUAAUGAAGUUCUUGAAGUUGCUCCUCUAAGAAUGGUGUCCGCUGAAGAUCUUCGUGUGAAGAAGUCUCCCUCUCCACAUGCAAGAAGACCAAAAGAAGUUGUACGUGGUAAGACCUCUAACCCCUCGUCUUCUAUUGAUCUUGAGAACCUGACGAAGGAAGGAUCACAAUAUGCUCAUCAGGCUAUUGCUAAGAUAGUCACUAGAAUCUUGGAUGAACAUCGUCAAGUUCCUGGGAUUUUUGUACCUCUCCAAACUGUGAUUCCUGACUCCACUCUGAACCCUAAACCAAAUGUUGUUCAAGAAGAUGAAGAUGUGGGUAUGGAUGCUGAUGAGGUGCAUGGAAAGAAUGAUGAUGUAAGCAUAUCUGAUGAGGAUGUUCAGAUGAAUGACGAAGAAAAGAAUGAUGAACCUGCUGAUGUUGCUCAGGAUGUCACUAACAACACUGAGAAUCCUGGUGUUCAAAGAAAUGAUGAAGUUGUUGAUGUUACUCAGGAUGUCACUUACAACACUGAGGAUGGUCAUAAUGUUGAUUCAGGUAAAAAUGUUGUUGAUCUUGAUAAUUACUCUGAUAAUGAACUGAUUACAAAUGUGAACCCUAGCAUAGCCAAACGACUCAUGACAAGGAAGGGUAAGAAAGUUAUUGAUCAGAGUCCUCCCAAGAGAAAAGUUCCAAAGAGUACCUCAACUGGACCCAUCAGAAGUAAAGUUGUGUCCAAGAGUACCUCCACUGGUCCUAGAAAGAGUAAGGUUGUGCCUAAGAGCACCUCUGUUGGACCUACCAAAUCUUGGAGCAAGGUUGUUCCCAAGAAGAGAAAGGCUAGAGUUAUUGAAGAAUCAGAUUCUGAUGUUGAAGUGGAUGUCCAAGACAUUCCAUUGAAGAAGCCUACCACUAGCAAGCUUGCUGCUAGUGUGCUAGAGGUUCCUAUAGAUAAUGUCUCUUUCCACUAUCCUGCAAGUGUCAACAAAUGGAAGUAUGUGUACCAAAAGAGAUUGGCUAUGGAGAGGGAAUUAUCUCAAAAUGCCCUUGAUUGCAAGUGCUAUGAGAUGUUGGUUAAAGAGUUUAUAAUAAACUUGUCAGAGGACUGUGUAGAUAGGAAAUCCAACGAUUUUAAAAAGGUGUAUGUGAGAGGAAAGUGUGUCACAUUCUCUUCAACAAUAAUCAAUAAUUUUCUUGGUAGGUCAGAUGAAGCUCAACCUAAGCUGGAAGUUUCUGAUAACAAAGUGUGUCAGGUGAUUACUGCUAAGCAAGUGAAAAGCUGGCCCCUCAAAGGGAAAUUAACUGCUAGCAAGCUAAGCAUCAAGUAUUCCAUGCUUCACAAGAUAGGAGCUGCUAACUGGGUGCCUACUAAUCACAAGUCAACUAUCUCUACUGUCCUUGGAAAGUUCCUGUACACUGUGGGAACAAAGGCUAAGUUUGAUUAUGGAACUUAUAUUUUUUACCAAACGAUGAAACAUGCAUGCAGUUUCAGUGUUAAGGGUCCAAUUGCCUUUCCUUCCCUUAUUUGUGGAAUAAUCUUGAACUAG